CAUGCAUCUUGAUGCUUGCUUGACAUGCUCAGAUAAAGACGAAGGAAGGAAGGAAGGAGACGAAAGUAGUGUAUAUAUAUGACUAAGAGAGAAUGCUAGAGGAGAGUCACAAUUAGAUUAGAGCAGUAGUUGAAGUAUCACUCAUCUUUCAUUCCAUCCAUUAAAGAGAAAGACAGGCUCCGCGGCUCCCGCUCCCUUUGAAGUUAAGACAUUCGAUCGAUCGAAAAUGGUGAACGCCAUGGCAUUCAUUGGACCGCAAUGGGCUCAAGGGGAAACGAACCAGAUGGCCUUUGCCAUGGCCAUCGGCGCCUCCAUGGUGAUUAUGACCAUGUUCCAACAAUAUCUCACCCACCACUUCGGCGGCUACCUUCAAAGAUUGAUGCGCAAGCUAAUUAGUUCCAUGGACCCUUACGUCCAAAUCAAGUUCCCCGAGGAUUCCGCCGAAGGAGGCCCCAAAAACUACGAAGCUUACUCCGCCAUCGAGACCUACCUCAGCGUUAAAUGCUCCCUCCAAGCCUCCCGCCUCAAGGCCAACUCCGUCAAAGACAUCCGAACUCCGGUCCUCUGCGUCGACGACGGAGACGUUUCCGACGAGUUCAACGGGAUCAGAGUUUCGUGGCAUCUCAACAAAGAGAAAGACCAAGGCUCCGAUCGCUACGGACACUCCGUUAAGAGGUACUUCGUUCUUACUUUUCGCAAAAAGCACAGGAAAACCGUGGUCGAAGAGUACUUGAAGCACGUGAUGAAUGAGGGAAAGAAGGUGGUGGCCAAUAACCGGCAGCUGAAACUCUACUCGAAUAGUUCGAGCGACCGUGGAGCUCGCUGGAACUACAUAAUGGAUUUCGAUCACCAAGCCAGAUUCGAAACGAUUGCGAUGGGAAUGGACAAGAAGCAAGACAUCAUAAACGACCUGGAGACUUUUAAGGAUUCAAAAGAGUACUAUCGGAGGAUUGGAAAGCCAUGGAAGAGGGGCUAUCUCCUGUACGGCCCUCCCGGAACAGGCAAAUCCACGAUGAUCGCAGCCAUGGCGAAUUUGUUGAAAUACGAUGUGUAUGAUCUCGAAUUAACGGCAGUUUCGAGCAAUGCCGAUUUAAAGAGGCUGCUGAACAGAACGCCCGGCGAUUCUAUCCUCGUGAUCGAAGACGUAGAUUGCUCGAGCAAAAUUACAGUUCAGAGGGAGAUCAAGAAGCAGAAUGGCGACGAAAAGGAAAAGGUAAUAGAGAAAGUGACGCUCUCUGGACUCUUGAAUUGCCUCGACGGGCUCUUCUCGGCGAACGAGGGUGGCCGGUUGAUGGUGUUCACGACGAACCACAUCGAGAAUCUCGAUAGCGCGCUUAUUCGGCGGGGCCGAAUGGAUAAGCAUAUCGAGAUGUCGUUCUGCAGCUUCGAAGCUUUCAAGGUUUUCGCAGAGAACUAUCUUGAAAUUAAAAACGAAAACCAUGAUCUGUUCCCCAGAAUUCAAGGACUUCUGGAAAGAGUCAACAUAACACCAGCGGAUGUGGCAGAGAAUUUGAUCAGAAAGAGUGUGGAUUCCGCCGAUUCAUGCUUAAAAAACUUGAUCAAAGUUUUAGAGACGCAGCUGCAGGCGGAGGCGGCUGAAGAGAAAGAAGAUCAGGAGGACAAUAAUGACCCGCCCCAAAUAAUAAAGUCGGUGCGAGAGAACGGAUAUCACUGACUCACUCUUGAGUCCGCAGUGUCUUGGUCUUUGCAUAUUAUUUAGUUGUAAUUUUCGGUUUAAUCUGUUUGUUCUUGGGCUUAAUUAGUUUAGCUUACCAAACAGACUCCCUGUUCUGUUUGAUGCCCCCCCCACUUCUGCUUUGUGUUACUUGUACGUUGAAUAAAUUUUCCCUUGCCGCUCUGCUUUCCCGGAAAGUAAAUUCAUGGAGAUGGGGACGACAGGGGAUUCAAGCCAAUGCUUGAUAGUCUGUUUGGUAGAUGAGAAU